AAAACAACUAUAGAAUCAGGGGAUUAUGGAUCAGGGGUUACGCUGGUUUCUCCAUCACCACAAAAGGCAACACAAUACAUGACUGAAUCAACAAAACCACAGUCUCAGGAUAUUGCUACUCUUUCUGAAAAUAUAGGGUCAACGAAAACAACAGAAUCAACAACAUUUACAACAAAACAACACACAAGUGGAAAACCAACCUCUGGAUCAACAACCAUUCAAGGAGAAAGUGACAAUAUAUUGGAAUCAUCCACUGUUUCAGAGGAAACCUUGGGAUCAACACAUAGUUCUCAAACACAAACAGCUACGUUGGUUUCAUCACUACCAAAUUUACAACACACUACAAGUUCAACAACAAAAUCAAAAGCUUCAAAGCUUCCAACAACAUCAACACCACAUAUAGGAGCAACAAUUAAAAUAACUACAUACAAGUUAGAAUCUAUGUCAACAAAACAAACACCGCAAACUACAGGGUCUUUAACAGUUGUUCAAACUGAUGGAAAAACAGAAUCUAGUCCAUUUACAAUCAAAACCCAGUCAUUUAGCACAGGGCACACUUCUAAAGAAAUAAUGGAGACCAAACCAUCUACUUCAAUGUCACCUUCAUCCGUGACUGCUGCAACAGAAACAACUGUACAGCCAACACUAUCCUCUUGGUCUAUGACAACAAGAUCUACCAGAACAACAGAAAGCAAACCAAAAACAAGCAAUCAAGACAUGACACCAUUAGGAAAUACAUCGGGUAAAGUUACAUCAGCCUCAAAUAUUGCAACUACAAAAACAACAAACUCACCAGAAUCAGCAACAUUUCAAAGUCAGAAUGAAGCUGAAUAUGAAACAACCAUAUCAGGGAAUGUUACAUCAUCUGCAGCGUUGUUAAUACAACCCUCUACAAUUGCAAACCAAUUGACUGGAUUAACAUCAACUACAGAAACAACGGAAAGUGGUUCAGUGUCUACAUCAACAAAACCUGUGAGUCAAACUCUAGAGUCUGUAACAACCCUGCAAACAGCAACACAGACGCAAUCCAGUCAUCCAACAAGCAUUACUGAAGCAUCUACAGUGGAAUAUACUUCCACACCAAUGCUUAAGACCAUGGUGACAGCAUCUACUGUAAUAUCAUCUCCUUCUUUGAGUUCUACAAAAGGAACUUCUAGAAAAGACACAUCUUCAUCUCCAUUUGUUACCACAUCAAAAACAGAUGCUGGAAAAUUGGCAACAAAUAAACAAGGCACAGCAACAACACAAUUAGAAAACUCCUCAAAACAACUGACUUCAGAUGUGACAGCAAAGACCCAUACUUCGGCUGCAAAAACAACUAUAGAAUCAGGGGAUUAUGGAUCAGGGGUUACGCUGGUUUCUCCAUCACCACAAAAGGCAACACAAUACAUGACUGAAUCAACAAAACCACAGUCUCAGGAUAUUGCUACUCUUUCUGAAAAUAUAGGGUCAACGAAAACAACAGAAUCAACAACAUUUACAACAAAACAACACACAAGUGGAAAACCAACCUCUGGAUCAACAACCAUUCAAGGAGAAAGUGACAAUAUAUUGGAAUCAUCCACUGUUUCAGAGGAAACCUUGGGAUCAACACAUAGUUCUCAAACACAAACAGCUACGUUGGUUUCAUCACUACCAAAUUUACAACACACUACAAGUUCAACAACAAAAUCAAAAGCUUCAAAGCUUCCAACAACAUCAACACCACAUAUAGGAGCAACAAUUAAAAUAACUACAUACAAGUUAGAAUCUAUGUCAACAAAACAAACACCGCAAACUACAGGGUCUUUAACAGUUGUUCAAACUGAUGGAAAAACAGAAUUUAGUCCAUCUACAUCAACUUCAACAUCAGUGUCACAUACUGCAACAACCAGUAUUUCUAUGCAGCAAGAAAAAUCAACUCAGAUUACAAGUUUAACUACUAAAUCAGGGAAUCCAGUUCAAACAUCAUCUUUUGCUGUCAAAAACACAGGGACAUUUGCUUCAAAGCAACCCACAACUAUAAAUCCAUCUGGUGGACCAACAACAACUCAAGUUAACACAAUAAGUAGGUCAGCUUCAUUGACAACCAGUCAAACAAUGAUAAUAACAAAGACUAGUGAAAGGGAUAAAACUGCAAACCACUCACAAUCUAGUACAGCAACUAAAACUCCUUAUAAAACUCUAACAUCUAUCACAGAUCAUACAACAAUACCAAUGGGGAAUUCCGAGACAGCAAUUAACCCUGCAAUGCCAUCUUCAUCUAUGACUCUAACAAAAACAACUAUAAAGGCCACAUCUUUAACACCAUCGGAAAUGACAGGAUUGAAAACCGAACUAACCGAAAGGUUCACAAAUACAAAAUCCUUCAACGCAACAGAUCAAACUGCUAGACCAGAUGUUGCUCUAACACAAACGAUAACUAGUGUAGCUAUUCAACAAGAAAAAUUAACAAAGAUUACAAGCUCAACAAUUCAAUCAACUGAGCCACUCGAGAAUUCCUCAUCUGUGAGGACCAGUUCAGAAAGAAAAAUAUCAGCUCCAGCUGCUGCACAAGAACCAACUGCAAAACAAAUAGUGGGACUGACAACAUCUCAAGUAAUAAACAGUGGACAAGUCUCUUUGUCAAAAGCGAGCACAACACAAACUGCUUGGUAUGGGGCAUCCAUGCAAAACUCCACAACCUUACAAGUGGGUCAAACUACUGUGAAAGGUCUAAUAGCUACCACACAUCAUACAUCUACUAACAUGGUGGAGUCCUUUGCAACAACAUCAACCAUGAGACCACCGUCAUCUGUGAUUUCUGCAACAGAACAAACAUCUAUCAGUUCAAUAGGUAUAUCUCCAUAUGUAAAACCAACCACAAUAGACACUGUAGUAACACAAUUACAUAACACUUUGAAUGUAAGUCAAGAGACACAAACUGUAGCUGCAGAAACAACCGAGGCACUUGUACCAGUAAAAUCAUUCACUGCUGAUAAAGAAAGUAUUGGAUCAACAGCAGUUGAUAAAAAAAUUUACUCUGCCGACACCACAAUGUCUAUGGUUACAUCUCCUCAAGAAACACCACCAAGAACCGCUUACACAAUGGCUCUUGGGGAGGAACCAAAAGCCAUAACAGGCAAAGAAGAUCAAAACGUAACCUCUUUACAAAGUUUGCAGUCUUCCAACACAAGUUCACAACAAUCUCUCAGAGCUUCAUUGGACCCAGUCGGCACAACCAGGACCACUUUUUUUUCAAUCAAAAUAGAAGAAAACCAUUCAAAAAGCACAUCCCCUUGGGCCUCUGAGACCACAGAAAUGGAUAAGGUUACAACAAAAUCUACAGAUGUUGAGCAUGAAAGCACAGAGACAACAAACUCAAGUUUACAUACAUCAUCAGCUAACCAACUACAAUCAACGCAAGUGAAAUAUAAUGCAACUACUUUGCCUGUUUCUCAGAACAGGACAGUGUUUUUCAAAUAUAGUCAGAGGGUUGUUGUUCCAAGGCGUUUAAUCUUUGACUAUCCAGUGGUGGAGCGUGCUACGUUUUUCACAAAUAAUACAGAGAAUGAUGAUGCAUAAAAUAAACUAAGUAUGGAGGCGUUUAUCGUCCAAGAUGAUGGAAACUGCAGAUCUAAUUACUAAUUAGAUAUCUUUUUUAUAUGUAUAUUUUUAACGGCUUUUAUGUUCAAACUUUUUAUAUGUUUCUCUUUUGAUCUGUUAAGAUUUUAUCAACUGUGUAUAAAAUUUAUUAGAAAAGAUGUUUGAUCAUCUUAAAUCUGCAGAGAAAAUUAAAGAUUUAAAUUAUUAGAUGCAGCAUUUGGGCUGCAUCCAGUCUGUAGAAUAUUCAUAAUCAAACAUUCAUGGAUUGUUUAUUUUGUACAUAAAUGCAUUUUUUUUUUAUUGCAGAAUCCAACAUUUACCAUUGUUGUUUAUCUGACAAAAAAGGAUCCUCCGGUGUGUUAGAGUUUAUACUGAUACUGAUACUUUUUACCAGUUUUUACCAAUACAAUAUAAAAUGAAAAUAAAACAUUUUAAGGUGUAAUUUGGGAUAUGAUAUUUGCUGAUGUUUUCAUUUUUCGUGGAUGGACAUUUUUCAAACCAAUAACACAUUCAGCCUAUGGCAAUUUUCUGUACUGAAUAAAGAUAAUAAAGCAGAUGACAGUUAAAGGAAUAAUAUAUAAUACAUACUUAUAGUUUCCUAGUUAGGAUACCAUGACAUCAAUUUAGUCAGGAAGCCCGAACCAUAAUGGAUAUGGAAAUCCGUCUGGAGCUGUGGCUAUUCAGAACUGUGCAAUUA